GGUGGCGGGGGGCGGUAAUCUGACAAUCCUCCUAAAAGAGAGACAGCCUUUUCAGCUGUCAAAAGUCCCUCCCAGUGCUUACUCAGCAACAGCAAGAACAAAACUGCGUCCCUUCCUCACGCUCAUUCAGUCACUUCAAGUGCAAUCAGUCCAGCCCGAUAUCACGGGGAUACACAAAACUUGCCAACAUACACUUGGUGUCUCCAGUACUAAGGGCAGCAUCCCGACUUCAGAAGCCUGUGACUGAGUGCUAGAAUAAAUACGUGCAUAAGUGAAAACAACACUAGGCAAGUACAGCAGUACAGAGAAAAAGGGAAAGAAACUUUUCAGAAACUUUUCCUGCUGUUCUACUUCUGACGAGGGAAUUCGGCCAAGUCUAAAGAAGAUCCAGCUGGAAGGAGAUCACAACAACUUUUUGCUCACAUGAAGAUGCCCCGGUCCUUGGCAGAAGGAUUUGUAUUGCUUAGUUGCUUCUGUAUGCAUGUGGUGGUCAGGAGUUCCCCCUCCACCCCAGAAGCAGAAAAAGUGGCACCUCAAGAUACAGACUGUCCAUCGUGCGCACUUUCACGUUUCAAGCAGCAAGAGGUACCGGACACAGCACAGCCGGAGAUGGUGGAGGCUGUCAAAAAGCACAUUCUGAAGAUGCUACAUCUGGAGGACAGACCCAACAUCACCCAUCCCAUCCCCAAGUCGGCUCUCCUCAAUGCCAUUAAGAAGUCGCAUGUAGGAAAGAUAGGGGAUGAUGGCCGUGUGGAGAUUCAGGACGACAGCUACAGGCGUGAUGAAAUGAAUGAACUCUCAGAACAGUCUGCAGAAAUCAUCACCUUUGCAGAGCCAGGCACACUUGCAAAUAUGCUUCAUUUUGAGAUAUCCAAAGAAGGCAGAGAUCUACCAGUGGUGGAGCAAGCCAGUGUAUGGCUUUUCCUUAAGGUUGCCAAGUCAAACCGAAGCAGAGCCAAGGUGGAAAUACAGAUUUUCCAGAGAAAUCAGCAACAUAACAAUAGCUCUGAAGGAGAGAUACUUCUUACUCACAAGACAGUAGAAACACGUCGCAGUGGUUGGCACACACUGCCUGUGUCAGCGGCUGUGCAAGCCCUCCUUGACCGAGGGCAGAGUGUACUGGAUCUACGAGUUAAGUGUCAGCAGUGUAAAGAUGGGGGUGCUGUGGUGAUCUUGGCUGGAAAAGAAGAAAAGGAGCAGUCGCAUCGGCCAUUUCUCAUGAUUCUUGCUCGACAGUCUGAAGAUCAUCCUCACAGACGCCGUAAGCGUGGUUUGGAGUGUGAUGGCAAGAUUAGCAUCUGUUGCAAGAAACAAUUCUUUGUAAGCUUUAAGGAUAUUGGGUGGAGUGACUGGAUAAUUGCACCCACUGGCUAUCAUGCCAACUACUGUGAGGGUGACUGCCCGAGCCACAUUGCUGGCACAUCAACCUCAUCAAUCUCUUUCCACUCAACAGUUAUUAACCACUACCGCAUGCGGGGAUACAGUCCCUUUACAAGCAUUAAAUCAUGUUGUGUGCCCACUAAGCUGCGUGCAAUGUCUAUGUUGUAUUAUGAUGAUGGGCAAAACAUCGUUAAGAAGGACAUCCAGAGCAUGAUUGUGGAAGAGUGUGGGUGCUCAUAAGGAGAAAGGCAUUAAAAGAAGUCAAACAGCACCAAUCUCCUCACUUGUAGAUGCUAUCAAAUAGUGAGAGAGAGAGAGAGAGAGUGAGAAAGAGAAAUAGAGAGAAAGAGAAAAGUAAAAGGGGACAGGGGAGAUGGAAGGAGCGAAUGGCCAAAAAUUAUUAAUAUUCAGUGAUGGAAAUUUUGUUGCAAGCUUUAAGAGCUACUGGGGGGCUUGUCUUUCACUGGAAGUCUCUCUCCUUUUAAAAUAAAUUGGGAACAGUGGUGCAUGACUACUGAUAAUUCUCCACUGAAUCGAGUCAGAUGGGGAAAAUGUCAGUGUACCCCCUCUCUGCUAAUUCCAGAACUGGUAUUAUGCCUGCUCCAUUCCUUCUCUCCCCUCUCCAAAGCAGAGAUGCUGACAACAGACUCAAUGGCAUGGACUCCUUAUACAGCCAGGCAUCUAAUGGUACAUUCACUGGCACUUUUUUGUUUUUGUUAUUGUUCUUGUUUCCACUUAACAGGUCUAUAGUAUAUUUUUGUUAAGAAAAAGAUGAAAAGUAUAUUGUGCAGGUAUAUACCUUCACUGUCUGCACUACUUUUGCAAAAAAAAAUGUUUAGUUUUGUUAAGGUGCCUAAAGAUUUUAAAUCUAUGCAACUUGUAAUUAGGUUUUACAAACUGUUUACCUGAGAAAAAAGGAAGACAUUUCUAUUGGAAGUAAAUAUUUCACUUUUUGAUGAAAGAUACUUGAAAGGAACAUGUUUGUCCAGCUGCUGGAACCAAACACGUCUAUAUUUUGUAACUUUUUUGUGAUUUGCACUAUAACAAUAUUGACCUAAUUGUUAUUUAAUGAGUAUUUUAAGAGGGGUUACAGGGCAGAGCUGCACUUAAAUGUGUGCACGAUUAAGAAAAAUAGAGCACACACAUGCAUGCACUCACAUUACCUUGCUAGGUAGAGGUACGGCAAAUAGGCAGAUAAAACAAGCAAACAGACACACACACACACACACACACACACACACACACACACACACACACACACACACACACACACACACCAAAGAAGCUAUGUGAGUGCUAAAUAGUUUUUGUUACUGGGAUAUAAAUAUAUUUAUAUAAAUUGGAUUAUUUUGUCAGGGUUUGGUACAGUGAAGGAAAGCACUGCAGAAUUCCUAAUUCAUGCUUAUACUCUCAUUCCUUAUUUUUUUAUAUUUCUGAAAUAUGUUUAGACUGCUGCUAAUACCACUCUUUAAGUUUCUGAGUAAUUUCUUGAGUGUUGAUAGAAUAUGUGAAUUGUGAGCCAAAGAUAAGCAGCUUGAAAGAAUGUAAUGAGGUCUCCACUAAAGAGAAUGAUCCAUGUAGUGGAUUUACGCAUCACCAAGCCAUGGCAUUUUACCAUUGAAGAGCAUAUUCUAAUGUACCAGUUACAUUGCAGUUACAGUGGUUACGAGUGUGAAAAAUCUUCUCCUUCUUUUAGAAUAUUUUUCAGUUGAGCAAUAAAAAGUAUUUUCUUGAUAUUUCCCUUUGGCAGACUUUGCAGAGUUACUGUAAAUACGCCCCUCUCAUACCACUGUCAGUUUGUAUGUGCUUGUGACAGUAUAGUCAGGCCUCAUGCAAUACAUUGUAAUUUCCACAUUGUAAUUUCUGCACAUUACUCAGGAAUAUGGCCAUAGAACCUGUGGCUCAUAAGAAAAGAGACACCAUGAUUGCCUCUUCAUUCUGACUCAUGUGCUUUUCAAAUCAAAGAACAACAUUGUUAUUGCAGUUUUUGACACUCCAGACCCUGCCAUUAAGAGUUAAGUGCAUGGUUUCUUAACUGCUGUGUCAUGUGACAAAGUAGUGGGUGAACUUGUGACACAAUCAGCUUUAAGUGCAGCGAGUCAUUCUGCAGUGUUGACACUUGCACAUAUCACCUUCAUGAAGAAGAUUUAGCUCAUUAGUAGAUGACAGCAGUUUGGUUGCAUUGAGAGUCUACAAAUUUGUUAGGAUCGUGGAACUCAAAAAAAUUCAAGUAACAUGAUAAUGCACUUCUAUUACCACAUGUAUGCUCAUGGUGGUGCCAGGGGCACAUUUUACAUCAAAUUUAAAGAAGAAACUCAAGAAAGGAGUCAUUUGUACAGCAAGAGCAUGGGAUGAAAUGGCAGUUCUGUAGUGCUUGCUUUCAUUUAAAGAACUUAAUGAGGGGGGUUGGAUACAGGCUCAGAUCUUGCAAAAAAAGUACUCUGCUUCAAGACCCUAUCGUAGAUAAAAUCUAAAACAUUCCUGUGUUAAUGUUGUUUGCUGUUGAAAGCAAAUUAUUAAAAAAGCACUUCAAGAGGUUUUGAUAAAUUUAACAUUUAAGAUGUUUGAAAUUAUAGUUUUACCAUCUGCAACUUGUUGAAACUACUUAAGAGAAACGUACUCGAUUUUUUCUUCUAUACUUUCUUGUCUGCUUGAAUCUUUUAGUCUAGCUAUCAAUCCUUCCAUCCAUUUUAUCUGCUUGUCAUUACUUGGAAAUUCUCGUGGAGUUCCAUAUGACAAGCUGAGUGUAAUAUUGUUAAUUUAAAAAAAGCUCUAACAUUCUUUUUCUUGUCAUACUCUAUAAUUUACAAACUAAGGAAAAGCCACUUUUCUUACAUGGAAAAGAAAGAAAAACAAAAAAAUUCAAAACAGCAGUCAGAAAUGCCGGACUGCUGUGACUGCUUUUAUGAUUGCACUCACAAAUGCCUGACUAACAUCUGUCUAGUUUGCAUAUUUUUGUGCACCAAAAAGAGUGACUCACCUGUCAGAUCAAUUAUUUUAACAAAACAGCAGUUUUAUACAAGAUAAAAGAAGCGUAGUUUUCCAUUGCAGUAAAAAUUCAAGGCAAUAUUUUUCUUAUCUAAUUUAUUUUAUAUAAUGCUUAAGUAGAGCAAAAGGGUAUUCACAGAUACUGAUAAAGUGGUGAGACUGCAUGCCUCACAGUCUCCAGUAUAGUCUAUAUUGUGGAUUACAAACUUAAUUUAAUUUGAAAUGGUUAUUAGAAAACUGGCUUUGACUGAAACAAAAUUAUAUUUGCAUUACUGCAUAUUAUAAAUGUAUGCAUGUGUGUGUGUAUGUGUGUGUG